AUGGUGAGUUCCGCUGGGCCCCGUGUCUGUAUCCGAGCCAUCCAGCUCCAUCCGAGCCCUGGACGUGCAGUGGGGGGGGUCGGACUUCAGUCCCGCGGCUGCGGUGGCCUCCUCCAGGCCUUCGGAGAGUCGGAUAUGAGCGCGCGGGGCGGUGUACGUGCGUGUGAGGACGGCCUAAGGCCGGAAAAGCCCGCCUGGGCCAGCGUGUCCCGGUCGAACGUCGGUAGUCGCGUCUGCGAUCCUGGUGCGGACUCACCGCACUGUGUGCCCAUGGGAUUCCGUACCCACGGACUCCGCGUUUCUAGAGCGGGACUUGGCGAGGGAAGCCCCGUCUCGCACCCGGCGUGGCGUCCGUGGCCGCGGUUGGCGGAAGUGGAGCAAAAGAAGAAGCGGACCUUCCGCAAGUUCACCUACCGUGGUGUGGACCUCGACCAGCUGCUGGACAUGUCCUAUGAGCAGCUGAUGCAGUUGUACAGUGCGCGGCAACGGCGGCGGCUGAACCGCGGCCUGCGCCGCAAGCAGCACUCGCUCCUGAAGCGGCUUCGAAAGGCCAAGAAGGAGGCACCGCCCAUGGAGAAGCCUGAGGUGGUGAAGACACAUCUGCGGGACAUGAUCAUUCUGCCCGAGAUGGUAGGCAGCAUGGUGGGCGUGUACAAUGGCAAGACCUUCAACCAGGUGGAGAUCAAGCCUGAGAUGAUUGGUCACUACCUGGGCGAGUUCUCCAUCACCUACAAGCCUGUCAAGCACGGCCGGCCUGGCAUUGGAGCCACUCACUCCUCCCGCUUCAUCCCGCUUAAGUAGACCAGUAAAGG